AUGGCGCGACCAUCCAGAACCCAACAGCUGAAAACCCCCAAGUUGAAGAUGAAGGUUUCGGUAUCUUACGAUUUGGAAGACCUGCAUGAGACUAAAGAGGAGGAGGAGAAGGGGAAGGGUAAGAAGAAGAAGAAGAAGAAGAGGAAGCAUAGGCCGGAUUCUGAUUCGGGCAGUGAAAGUGAGGCUUCUGUUUUCGAGAGUGAUAGUGAGUCUUCGUCGGUUACUGGGUUAGAGUGUUCAUCUGCUGAGAUUAGUUCGGAGGAUUACAGUUCAUCCUCGGAUUCAGAGGAAGAGAAGGGGCGGAGGAGGAAGAAGAAGCACAAGAUGAGAUUGAGGCGGAGGAGGUACAACUCGUCCUCGGAGUCUUCUGAUUCUGGCUCGGGUUCAUACUCGGAAUCUGAGGAGGAUAGGAGCAACAAACGAAAGAAGAAAUCCAACAGGAAGCGUUGA